AUGUCCUCCGCGCACGCGUCGUCGCUCUCCGCGCGCGUCCUUCGCCGACUCUCGACGACGACGACGACGACGACGACGACGACGACGACGACGACGCGACGUUCCUCCGCGCGGCUCGCGACGCGCGCGAGCGGCGGGAACGGCACCGCCGCGGGCGCCGCCGCGGACGCGGCGUCCUACCGCGUCCUCGCGUUCGAGGACUCGUACAAGAUCGAGUCCAUGCUCCGCGACGCGGGCGUACGAUACGCGCACAUCGAGCAGCGAUGGGACUCGCGCGACCCGAUCGAAGCCAUUCUCGAGUUCGGACGCGUGGACGUCCUCCUCCUGGACUACUACCUCCCGCCGAUGACCGGGUACAAAGUCCUCGAGCGCGUGAACGCGGCGGUGCGCGAAGGUUUGAUCGAGCGACCGAAGCACAUCAUCGGCAUGAGCAGCGUGAUGUCGUGCAACCGAGAGCUGAUCGGACUGGGCGCCGACGCGGGCUUCGUGAAGUGGGACGUCGGGCUGUGGGACGGGUGGAGCCGCGUCGCGGACGACGAGAACCGCGGGUGGCCCGCCGCGAGCGGUUGA